CUGCUGCUUAACCACCAGGGCCUCCACUAGCCAGCCCACCUCUGCCCCUGGCCAGUUUUGGGUGUCUAUCUGCAUCCCGAUAUUCUGCUCCCUGCCCCUGCCCGUGUCCCGCAGACGUGAGGUUCUGUAUGGAUCUUCGGCCCCUUGUGGCACGUGGAAAGUCAGGCUAAAAAACAUGUUCAUUUGCAUCAAACAUGGAGAUAACCAGCAAUUUCUGGUCAACACCAACUGCUCAAUCUUGCUAUUGCUGCAUUAUAUCCGAAAUAAAGUGGGUCUGUCGGAUACAGAACUCAUUGACCUUUGUGACGAGGCUGGGACUCUGAAACUAUUGUUUCUGGUAAAGUUUCCGGGGGAAUCAGCCACCAAGUUCUUCCAACCCAGGACCUCCUACUACGUUUGCAAAGUGGAACGUGGGUUACCAGGGACCCGAAAUGAAAAUUCCUACAGAGCCUUUGUGCCCCUGGUGAAGGAGCCAGAGCAAGAGUUAUUGGAUGCCCUUAAAUCACAGUGUGACUAUCUGGAAAAGAGUCGAAUAAAGAUGCUCCGUGGUCAGGACGCUAAGAAAAUCACUCCUAUAGACUCUUACAUGAACAUUCAGACCAAAAAUAUAGGACGGAUGGGAACGCCGGGAACGGUCGAAGAAGAGACAGCCACUCGAAGGGGAGGUUCUUCACUUACCAAGACUAAACCUGAAGCUGCUGGAAAGAAAGAUAAACAUCGUUAAGUUAAUCAAUAAAGGGUGGAGUGGAGGGUAGCAUAGAGAGGCCUCGGCAUCGGGCCUUCCUUGCUAACUUGGUACUGGCCGGGCGUGUGACA